AUGUAUGUUACUAUCAGUUCUGUUAGAUUUGCAUUAUGUGGAGUUGGUGGCAUUGUUCUUUUGUCUGGCUUUGUCUUCCUAACAUGUAUAGAUCAAGAUAAUGCAAGACACAGCUUUGGACAUUCUGAAGGUUUCAAAUGUCCACUUGUGCCUCUGCUGCCUAUAACUUGCAUUCUUAUCAACUCCUAUUUACUUAUCAGUCGUGGGGGUGCUGCUUGGUUGCGAGUAUCUGUAUGGCUAGCAGUAGGAGUUAUUAUUUAUGUAUUCUAUGGUCGAACUCAUAGCUCUCUAAAAGAUGCAGUUCUUGUGAAGGAUGCUCAAGUUGAUAAUACCACAAGCCUUCUUGCUUAA